GACAACGAAGAAGCCGCAGGAUUGCGACCCCACGCUCAAGAUGAUAGACGACAACAUUUUCAAGAGCAGGAACUCGAUCGUGCAGCGGAUCCACCACUCCAUGGUGUGGCGCUCGGAGCUGGAGCGGUACAUCGUCGAGAUGGAGCAACGCGUCGCCACCGUGAAGAACGUCAAGGCGGCCAAGCAUCGGCACGAGAGCGAGGCAAAGCCUAAGGGCAGGUUCUGCCUCUUCAUGCCAGCCUUCCUGCAGGUUGCUAGCUGCAUGGCCGUCUGCCGGGAAGGCGAGGAGAAGGCGGACGCCCGGAAUUUCAUGCGCCUGAUCUCAGAGGAGGUCUGCAUCCAGGUAGCCACGAUGGCGGAUGCUGCAGAUGAAGGGCUCCAGUUCACUCGAGAGUUAGAUGUGGAAGAGACCGACACGGCCGAGAUGGCGUUCCGCGUGAAGACGUUCCUGGCCAAGUUGGAGUAUCUCUUCAACCAGGAAGGGUGCCUGACCACCCUGGGGUACACUCGCCACAUGAUCGACCUCCUCACUAGCACCGUUCGUGUUCUCAGGAUCUCCAAGACGCAAGUGCGAAGCAUCGGUGGCCCGACCUGCUUGGACGAUGGCAUCGCCGUCCAGACCUGCCUGCAACGAAUGCGGGCUUUCGUGAAGGUAUCCAUUUCGGUGACCGUGGCCGAAUUCCCCAACUACGAGGUCGUCUCCGCUUUCCGAAUCUUCUGCUUAGACGAGAACAAGAGGUCCAACAACCUUGACGACCCAGAUGUUGCCGCUUGCUUCGAACGCCUCGCGAUGUUCUACAAUGUAAGCAAGGAGCAGCUUCAAGCCGAGUUCGUCCACCUGGGCCAGGUCGCAAAGUCGCGCAUGAUCUUCAACGGGUGCUCAGUUCGUGAUGCAUGGCAGUACGCUGCGACUAAGGCCUUGGAUAAUAAGAGGACGACGCGUUUCACCAUGACAGCGUUGGGAAGCGUCUUGCAGGCUUACUUUGCCAUCUCGAUUUCCACAGCCGGCGUCGAGCAGGACUUCUCGAGGUUCAAACGCGUUUUCGGUGAGCAGGCACUCGGCGCCCUGGACUCCACCGAGGCCACGGUGGCAAAGCUCGUGCUCGACCGAUCCCACGUAGAUCAAAAGGACGACAUCAUCAUGCAGCGCGCCCAGGAGAUCUACAGCGAGAACUUCAACAAGCCCCGGGGCCGCAGCGGCAUCGCUCGCAUCGACAAGGGCGUGAAGCGGCUGGUCGAUUCGGACGCGAAGGAGGGUACUGAGGCGGAGUGGCAGCGACGGCGGCGCCAAAGUGUCACCGACGCCGUGGCGAGUUCAGCGAAGAAGUUCGAGGUCGGUGCCGACACCAUCGAGGUCGGCGAGGGCACCUGGCAGGAUUCGCACCAGAAGAUGAUCGAUAAGCAGGUGGCCAUUGACAGGCGAAACAAGGCUGAGGCCUACAUGGACGGCGCGUUGAUCAGCUCAGAGAUCGACCAGCAGACCAAAGACGACUCUGAGCAGAUCAUCAAGAGGCGCAUUAAGAACGACCGCGAGCGCAACAGCAAGCAGAAGGAUUGGACACUUUUCACAUCGUCCAAGAAUGCGCUGGACCUCGCCAGCGUGGCCAACGUCCACUGGCACAUGGACGACAGCGCGAAGCAGGCGGUCACGCUGGAGCAAGCCAAUCUCGUGCUGAGCGAGGCCCUGAUGGAGACGAGCCCCUUGAAGGCGACCUUCUUCUUGACCAAGGAUCCUGUGAAAGCCAGCUUCCGCCAGACGUGGACUGCGACGUUGGUGGGCGGGCUCAUUGCAUCUCCGAGCGUCGUCUUAAACAACGGCAAGGGCGCCGUGAUCGCCUACAAGAGCGCCUUGAGUGCGAAGAGGAAGCUGUACAUCUCCGACGGCUUCAAGGACGCCCACAAGAACACCUACAAGAUUCUCACCGAUGUCGCUUUCGCGUCAAGGAACUGGGUCGAGCCCCCCACGAUCGAGGACUACAAGGACGCCGUCAAGAAGCACAAGAAGGAGCCGGCCAGGGUGGCCUACCUGAGGGUUGCCGGCGAGGAGGUCCCAGAGGGCAAGAUCAAGGUGUACACUUCGUCGGAGUUCUUGACUUUCGUCCAGAAGCUGGACAACCAGAGGGCCCAGUGCUAA